UAUUGUGAAUGAGUACCACAAAUUGUUAUCAUUAUCGGUAUUAUUAAAUAAAUGGAGCUCAAUUGCCACCUCCCAUGAAAUAAAAUAGAUGAAAUCGCCUAGAAGUGCACUCGACUCUGAACGAGAUGGCUGCAAAAUAUGUGAUGAAGUCUGAGGAGGAAAAUUCGAAGUCUUCUGAUGACUCAGUGAAACUGCCAAAUCCACACCUGUCAUCCAUGGGGGAGGAUAUUCUUUAUCAUUUGGAAUUAGGAACUAAAUCCCACAAUUUGCCAAAAAUGUUUGGCGAUGUUAAGUUUGUCUGCAUGGGAGGAACCCCUGGUCGCAUGAAAAACUUUGCUCACCUUUUAAUGGAUGAACUGGAUUACAAACUACCUGUUGGUAGUGAAAUAUCAGAAAUAACCAGUUACCGUUUCAGUAUGUACAAAGUGGGACCAGUACUCUCUAUCAGCCAUGGCAUGGGAGUCCCAUCCAUUGGAAUACUUCUUCAUGAAAUAAUCAAACUACUUUAUCAUGCAAAAGCCAAAAAUCCUGUCAUUAUUAGAAUAGGAACUUCAGGUGGUAUUGGUAUUGAGCCUGGCACUGUGGUCAUAUCUGACAGUGCAGUCGAUGGCCUAGGAAAUAAUUUUUAUGAAGUGGCAGUCCUUGGAAAGAAAGUGCGACGUCCUGCCGUUUUCAACAAGGAACUGAUAGAUGAGAUUAAGAGUUGCGUGGACCCUAAAAAUCCCUAUGAAACAAUAACAGGAACAACCAUGUGUGCCAAUGAUUUUUAUGAAGGACAAGGUAGACUUGAUGGAGCGAUCUGUGAUCAUAGCGAAAGUGAUAAAUUGAAUUACCUAAUUAAUUUGAAAGGACGUGUAGUCAACAUUGAAAUGGAAGCAACUGUUUUUGCUGCACUCACUCACCGAACUGGCAUUAAAGCUGCUAUUGUGUGCGUUACUUUUGUGGACAGAUUGUUAGGAGACCAGUUAACCUCGACGAAAGAGCAAAUGGAAGACUGGCAAAAAAGACCUCAGAAAUUGGUAGCAGCAUAUAUAAAGAGGAGUCUGGGAAAGAGCUAUUGAAGAUUUCUCAUAUUUCCAGAUUGACAAACCUGAAAUGGUUGCUUCCAUACUUUUCCACUACACUGCUUUUUCAUUUAAUGCUUUUAUGUCUUAAGUAUAUAAUGAAUUAUGAUGAUGUACCUACUCAUGUAUUAUUGUUUUUUUCAAAUAAUGAGAGCCCCGA